ACCUGUAUAGUCACUGAUCUAGGCAGAAGCUGAGUAUUCCCUCUCCCGCAGAAACACCACUUUCUAAUGGCGACCUCCGCCGUGCUCAGAUCCAUCCGCCGCCGCGAUCCAGCUUCCUCUCUCAUCUCCGCCUACAAAAACUUCAGUGCAAAUACCAGUUCAUCAUGUGCACCAGCAUUUACUGAUCCUAGAUAUGGGAGCCUUGUUAGGAACUUUAGCUCAAAAUCUGCCGGAUAUUCAAUUAGUGGUAUUGAUUUUGGUUCCAUGAACUCCCAUGGCUCUAUUAUGGGGAGCAAGGUCACCCCAUCCGUGGCUGCUUUUUACCAGAAAGGAUUGUUUGUUGGUGUGCCAUCCAAACAUCAUGAGUUUUACCGGGAUUUCUCAACGAUUGCAGCAGACAAACAUGACAACUUAGCUGAUGACAAUAAAAAGGUCCUUCGUCCAUUAUCACCUCAUCUUCCAGUGUAUAAGCCUCAGACCAAUUCAACCUCAUCUAUUCUUAACCGAUUCUCUGGAGCUUAUCUUGCUGCUCUUGUGGUUGGUUUUCAUGUUCUCUACCUGAAAGCCGGCUCGGUUAGUCUCAGCUACAGUAACUUCUACCAAUUCUUUUUCUAUUCAUCAAAGCUAAGCCAACUUUCUCUCGAGAUAGCUGCUGUGGCCAUGGCCUAUCACGUGGUCUACGGGGUCCGUCAUCUGGUGGGAGAUUUCUCGCGAUACCUCUUUCCUAAAAUAGGGCGAAGCAAGUUGAAAUGAGGUAAUAAUACUAGAACUGGUAGGAGAACGGGUUUUCUGGAAUAAAUAAAAACACUAGAAACGGUGCUGCCCAGAUUGGUAGUGCCUGUAUGGGUCUUAGAACCGUUAUAUUUUUCUCCCACACCCACAUGUGCGUGAGAGAGAUCCAAUGGUGAACUGGCUCAUAUGGGCACCGCCCGGGCUCCUCUUCCGUGCAAUUUGCACAUGACAUACAUAAGCAAUUGGUUAGUAGGGUUGUGUACUUGGUUUGCCUGGGUUUAAUCUCAACUUUACUUACUUUUAAGUGGAAAUGGCUCAUGAAAGUUUUUGCCUGCUGUGGUCUUGAACUGGCCAUGCAAUGUUUUCUUCUGCAUUGAUAAAUAAAUAUUGUGGUUUGGAUUUAGCAUUCCUUUUAGAUGUAACAUUUCUAGCAAGAGUCAUGCUAGGGAUACACCAAAUCGUAUAUUUCAUUUGUAUACCGUUGAUCAUAAUCAUUGUAUU